AUGUCACUGAAGCUCAACAUGCAAAUUACCGAUACAAUGCGCCUGACCCUCAAUCAUCGUAAGGACCCUGAAUCACGACUCGAGUCUACAGCUAACAACUACAGCUCCCGCUCGCCGCUGGAUCCUCCUAACUACAGGGCAUCAGAAGCUUUCACAGAAUCAUCUGUCUACUCACGCCCCUCAAAUGACCUAGCGUACUACGACAAUCCUACAUCUAUUCCGUCUUAUGCAUACGAGGAGAUUUCACCACCAAGCUCGCCCGAACCAGAGCAACAGUAUUCCACUUCCAACCAGCCUAGGAGAUUCCGCUCCAUGCGCGACGUAUCACCAAUGGAUGACCACCGUGGCAAACCCGUACUACCUCCGCACGGAAGCAACAUUCCUGUCUUGCGAAAGGCGCCACCCGUACUGCAAACUGGCCAAACUCAGCCAGCUCAGAAAUUCUGGGGAGGCAAAGUCGCGCCUGAAGGCAAAGUCAAGUGGGACGAGUAUUCUGGUGAGCCAACCGCGAGUGGUGCUGGCAAGACUGGUUCAGUCAGCCCCAACUCUUAUGCCAAAGGUGUCGCAUCCUCUGGAGACCAACUGUCGGGAAUGGGAUACCAUGUCUCAGUGUCUGGGCCCAAGAGAAAAGCGAGUAUCAAGGAUCGUAUGGGAAGAUUUGGAGGGCGACCAUCGCCGCCGUCUGUUGAGACUGCAACGCACGAGCCUUGGAGUCGCGCAACUGGUCGCUCCCAGAUUGCGCCGCCACUAAAGGACCAGGCUGCUAAAGCACCGUUACAACUUCCCAGGAAGACGCUAUCGCCAACUGCAGAAAGGUCAAACACGAAUGCGCCUUCUGAUAACGGCAAUCGUGGUGUUCGUUGGGCUGACACUGGCUCUGUCGCAGACCGCCCUCAGGCACUCGAGUCGCAUGAAGACCUCAUCAAACCCACUCCCCGGCACCGCCACGCUCUCCUCUCCCAUUUCGCGCCCCAUCUCUCCCUCCUCUACCCUACAGCACCAACACCACCAAAGCGCUGCCCCUCCCCCCCAACCUCCCUCUCCGCCGCCGACCACAUCGCGGUCCUCGAGUCCGCCAUGGAAGACCUGCGCAUCCGGCGCUCAAACGUGUACCGCCUGCUCAACGACCUCAACAACGCGGCGCCGCCGAACCCGCUGAUCACCGACUUCAAGCGCGCGCGGCUGGUGGAGCAGCGCAAGCGCAGCUUUGAAGACGAGUUGUGCGAGAUUAAGCGUGAGGAGUACGAGGUGGGCAUGAAGCUACAUCGCGCGUGGAAGAAGAGGGAGAGGGAGGAUCCGAAUGUUGGGAGCGCGAUUUGGGUUCGAAGGGUUACUUCUUAG